GGCGGCGGCGUGCUGGCGGCAGGUGCCCGCGCUGCUGUGGCUGGCGCGGCCUGCGGGGCCCGGGCGGGAUGGAGCCCGCGGCGGCGGCCGGGGCCAUCCGCGAGGGCUGGUUCCGGGAGACCUGCAGCCUGUGGCCCGGCCAGGCGCUGUCCCUGCAGGUGGAGGAGCUGCUGCACCAGCAGCGCUCCCGCUACCAGGAGAUCCUGGUCUUCCGGAGUAAGACCUACGGCAACGUGCUGGUGCUGGACGGGGUGAUCCAGUGCACCGAGAGAGAUGAGUUCUCCUACCAGGAGAUGAUUGCCAACCUACCUCUCUGCAGCCACCCAAAUCCCCGCAAGGUGCUAAUUAUUGGUGGUGGCGAUGGGGGAGUGUUACGAGAAGUGGUCAAGCACCCAUCCGUGGAUUCCGUGGUGCAGUGUGAGAUUGAUGAGGAUGUGAUUCAGGUAUCGAAGAAAUACCUCCCGGGGAUGGCGGUGGGCUAUUCCAGCCCCAAGCUGACCCUGCACGUUGGGGACGGUUUUGAGUUCAUGAAACAGAACCAAGAAGCCUUUGAUGUGAUUAUCACAGACUCCUCCGACCCCAUGGGUCCCGCGGAGAGCUUGUUCAAAGAAUCCUACUACCAGCUGAUGAAGACGGCUCUGCGAGAGGAUGGGAUUCUCUGCUGCCAAGGUGAAUGCCAGUGGCUGCACCUGGAUCUCAUUAAGGAAAUGCGUCAGUUUUGCAAGUCUCUGUUCCCUGUGGUGGAAUAUGCUUACUGCACCAUCCCUACGUAUCCCAGCGGGCAGAUCGGCUUCAUGCUGUGCAGUAAGAACCCAAGCACAAAUUUCCGGGAGCCCAUGCAGCAGCUUUCGCAACAGCAAGUGGAAAAGAUGAACCUGAAAUACUACAACUCUGACAUCCAUCAGGCAGCUUUCAUCUUGCCUGAGUUUGCACGGAAGGCCUUGAGUGAUGUGUGAGAGCCUGAGAAGCUGCUUUUCCCCCAUGACUUGGACCUUGAGAUCUUCAGCGCUGCAGCAUGGGGACUCUCUCAGCAGGCUGCCAACUCUUCCUCCUGGCGGGAGGAAUGUUGCCAGCCAACAUUCCAUCUGAUAACGCUUUAAAGAUGGCAGGGCAUAAGCCAGAUGAGACUCUCCGAGCCCCUCGUUGCUUGGGGUCAAAACUGUUCUUUCCAGUAUUGGGAAUGUAAGAUAUCUUUCUCCUUUCUUCCCUUUCUCCCCCCUCCUCCUGGCCCCAGCUCCCUUGGUGUAUUUAUAACUGACAUGUGUCUUCGUAUCAAUCUUCUGGAACUUGGGUGGUGUCCAGAAGGUUCAUUAACUCAGUCUUAAACACAGGGAAGGGACUAGUAUGCAGGGAUGUAGCCUGUUCUCCUCCCCAGAGAGCUCCCUGCUGCUGAGCUAUUGUAACUGGUAACAGGCCUGAACUCCAGCUCCAUUGUUUCCUUGGAGAGGUCACAAUUCAUAUCCUCUGUUGCCAUUCACAAUAGGUCUCUAGUCCCGUUGGAGCAGCAGUGUUACAGGGCCAGCUCAUCGCCUGGCAGCAAAGUCUAGUAGUUUGGUGUUUUGGUUUGGUUUUUUUUAAUUGGUUGGAAACAAAGUGCUGAGGCACUAACAGGACGACUCCUGGUUUUUUAAUCCUUGCUUUCGGAUCGGUUCCAAGGCAUGUUCCCCAAUGCAGAGGUCGGUGCUUUAUAUCCACCCGUUGCCUGGUGGAUAGCAGCGAGGAUGGAUGUCAGGCGAGCUAGUCUCUCCUGAAGGCCUCCGCCUUUUAGCCGUAAGUAGAAGACUCAGGCCGGGUAUUGGCUGGCCCACGGGAGGCAUAUCAUGAUUUGUAUUCUUGCUCCCAAGAUCAAUGGCUGUGUAAUUUGUUCUCCAUGUGUACUGGGUCCUGAGGCUCAGACUCCACCUCUCCAUUACUCAUUAAAAGAACUCCAUGCUGCCUCUGG